AUGUCUGACUUAUGGACUGAUAUGAAAGACCAUUCCUUCAUUAAUGUUAUUGCAUAUUCACCCAAGGGGGCUGUUUUCCUCAACUCUUUUGAGUGCUCUGAUUCUUCUAAGACUGGACUAUUUCUUAGAGAUAUACUUGAGCCUAUAAUAGAGGAAAUUGGAGUAGAGAAAGUUGUUCAACUUAUCUCAGAUAACGCUUCCAACUAUGGGGUUGCAAUCUCUUUGAUUAUGGAAAAAUAUCCUCACAUUCAUAGGGUAACGUGUGCAGCCCAUGGAGUGCAAUUACUAUUGAAGGACAUUGAUGCACGAAUUUCAUGGGUAAAAGAAGUAUUUGACAAGGCAAAGUUGGUUGUUGGUUUUAUGUACAAGCAUGGGACUGUUUUAGCCUUAAUGAGGGAAUGCACAGGAGGCAAAGAAUUGAAAAAACCUUGCAAGACCAGAUUUGCCUAUAAUUUUUUUAUGCUUAAAUCUAUUCUUGAUGUUGAGGAUUUGUUGAGAGUUAUGGUUGCAUCAGCAGAAUGGAGGAUCAACAAGAACUAUAGGUCUGAUUUGGGUGCAAUGGUAACUCAAAUAAUUCAGAGUACAGAGUUUUGGUUGAAUGCAAAAGAUGUGUUGUCCAUUUUAGAACCUCUUAUCAUAGUCCUUCGCCUAGUUGAUGGUGAUGGAGCUACAAGUCCAUUUUUGUAUGAAGCUAUGGAAAGGGCAAGGAAUACCAUCAUAGAUCAUUGCAACAGAGAUUCAUCGAAGUACAAGAGGCUAUUGCAAUUGUUUGACAGUAGAAAAGAGGCAAACAUAAUUCAUCCUGUGCACAUGAUGACAGCUUUUUUGAAUCCUUUCUUUAUGUAUGAUGGAAAAUUUUCAUACUACCAAAAUGAUGUGAAACAAGCAGUAAUCUAUAUCAUAAAGACUAUGGUUUCUGCAGAUGACAAGAGACAAUUUGCAAAUGAGUUCAGAAAUUAUUAUGAGAAAGAAGAAAAGCUAUUUCAUGAACUCUCUUUUUUAAUAGUUGAUUGCCAUCCACAUAAGUUCAUGGUGGACUAUGCAUGGAAGUUGUGUUCCCUUGCUUCAAAAGAUAGCUAUUCGCAUUUUGAGUCAACCUUGUGGUUCAUCAUCAUGAUGAAUAACCUUAUGAAACUCAAAUCAAAGGAAAUUGAGAAAUUCAGCAAGGACUCAAUUGUGUUAGAUAAACUUCUUGAGAUUCCAAUUAAUGAAGAUGGUGAUAGAGUUGGACUUGAAGAUGAGGGAGAUACAAUGGUGGAAGAUGAUCAGACAUGGCUUGAUAGAGAGCUUGGGCUUGGAUCUGCAUUUAAUUAUAAUGAACCUUAUACUCCAAUCUAUAGUGGCAACUUAAGUCAGCUGCGUACUAUUGUCACUCCUUUCAUAUAUGAAUCAGAGACAAGCACCAUCAGAUUGAGGACCAAUUGA